AUGCUGAGCUCCCCAUCACCAACAUCGCCCACGCGAGAGCCUCAAUGGCCUUGCCCACUACCAAACCCCGCGAACUCCGGGACCUCCAACAGAGCUCUUCCUACCUCCCCGCAGUCCAAAUCAGCACCGAAACCACAACCACCCCGCCAAGCCAACACCCCAGAGCCUCCAGCCCCGCCAUUUCGAAAUGUUUCUGCGUGCAAUCGAUGCCGCCUCCGCAAACACCGUUGCGACCAACGCCUGCCCCGCUGUGAAUCAUGCGAAAAGGCGGGCGUCCGAUGCGUGGGAUAUGAUCCCCUCACAAAGCAAGAAGUCCCGCGCAGCUAUGUAGCGUUCCUCGAAAACAGAGUCAGCUACUUAACCGAGGUCUUACUUGACCACGGCAUCGACUUCAAGCCUGCGAUCGCCUACGACGAAGAAGAGACGCUCAAUAUGGAGGCUGCGCGCUCAGGGAAUGAAUUAUCAGGGACCAGAGAUCCCGCCGCGACACCAAGAGUAUCUCUUGCUGAGCGAGCAGCGAGCUUAUCGCGCAAGAGAAAGUUGAGCCAAUAUUCCGAAGAUAAGAUUCCUGUCAGCCAGGUAAAACGCCUGUCGCAACUGAAUGUACUCCUGAAAGAACUCUUCAAUGAUGGCUGCGGGCACAAAUGUCCUCGGCAAGAGCGCGAGACAAGACAAUCUGUUUCACGGCCCCCUAGACAGCGGCAAGAAUUGCCCUUGCCACGAGGGCUCAGAUCAUCUUGGUCUCCGCAAAGCUUCCAGUCCAUGGAUCACAGCGAUGGUCGCACUAGUCCUGAGACUGAGUCGCCGAGCUCAUCACAUGAGCAAUAUCCAUAUUCAUACCAUGAUACCAGUCCAAGACGUGGCAUGUCUCUCUUUGGUGCGGCUUCCAUCCUCGACUCUGAUAAUGCGUCUCGGGUCUAUGAGCCUAGACAUCCACCCGAGGCUGACCUUGACUUGGUGGACUUUCAAUUCAAUGGUUCAGAAACCAAGUCGUUGGGCGGGGACUUUUUGGAACGAAGAAACUUUGGCCGGGGGUUAAAUACUCCCGGCUACGGACUGCAGAAAGAGCAGGAUUGCCCUCCACCUGAGCCCAAAUUUGAUAUUGCUGCUGAUCUUCUUCGCGGGCGGAGAGAAAGGAGCGAGAGGAUUGAUAGGGAGAGAGCCAACUUUGAUUUGCUCGACGAGUUCCUGGUUGAUUGGGCUGAGUAA